UGCUGGCCGAUCUCUGGUGAGAUAUGGGCCUAAUGAGCUGGGGUCUGCUGUAAGCAAACCGGGCGGGAGGACCAAUGGGAGGGACGGUCUGUGGGGUCUUCCCGCCAAGGAGCUCGCCAGGCGUCUCAAGCAUCUGGUAGAAGGGAACCAAUAGAUGAAGGGUCGCGCGCGGAGUAGUCGGUAGUACUGGUAGUGCUGUAUAGCUCGGCCGCGGUUUCUUGUAGGAGCGGGUACCUGCCUGCGACCAUGUUUUCUAACGCGUUCAGCCCGUACUAUCUGCACGUGUGGCCGGCGGGCUACCCCGCGGGGUUCGCCGCCCAGCAGGUCAAGAAGCCCACGCCGUUCUGCAUCGCCGACAUCCUGAACGUGGACAUGGCGGAGGCGGCUCGCGCGGCGGCCCAGGCGGCAACCUCGGCGGCCGUGGGGGAACCCAGGCCCGGAGCGGCGCGCCCUCGGCCGCCCGCACACAGCCCUGGGGCCGCGCCCGAGGCCAGACCGUCACCUCCCGUGCGGAGCUCGGAUCUCAAGUUCGGAGUGGACAGGAUUCUUUCCACGGAGUUCGGCGGUCCCAGGGAAAAGGUCACAGGGCUGACGGCUCUAGCGGCGGCGGUAGCGCAGUCCCAGCCGACCCGAGGCGGUACCGGUCUGUGUUACGGUGCGUCCCGACAGCUCCCGGCGGCGUCCCAUCCCGGCUACCCGCCGUACGGCUUCCCCGCGGCUCCCGGCGGUGGUCCCGACGUGCUCCCAGGUAGGCGCACACAGAAGAACCCCUCCUGUCGGUGGUCCCACAGGCUCCACACCGACUUGUACUAUCCCGGCUACUGCGACCCACAGGACACGCUGGCAUACGGUCCCUACGCCAUCCUGAACGCGGAGUCCCAGCAGAGCUCCCAGCCGAAGAGGAAGCGGACCUGGUCCCGGGCAGUCUUCUCCAACCUGCAGAGGAAAGGGCUGGAGAAGCGCUUCGACAUCCAGAAAUACGUCACCAAACCCGACCGCAAGCAGCUCGCCUCUAUGCUGGGGCUCACAGACGCACAGGUGAAGGUCUGGUUCCAGAACAGAAGAAUGAAGUGGCGGAACGCCAUGAAGGAAAAGGAGCGGCAGGAGAGAGACAAGGCGGCGGGGGACAAGCCGGACCCGUGCGGGGACCAACUCGCCGGCGCGCGGGAGGAAGAAGAAGAACACCACGACGACGUCGACGUCGCCAGCGUGGCGGAAACCGACGGCAAGGACGACGACGACGACGUCGAUUUCGUCAUUGACGCCGAAUGUCUUGAGGACGAUGAUUCGCCGGACGCGUCAAUAGAACAUGUGGACUCCGACUGCGUCGUCGUCGCGAGUAGCACAGGACAAACGGAACAAACUGCGAGCCCUCCGGAGUUGGACGGCGCAGUCGACGUGCCUUACGGACAAUAGCGACCUCUUCGGUCUCAGAAAUGAGUGCCAACAAGUGCCAAUGUGUAUCCAGGGUCACCUGUAAAGGUGCCAACAAGAGACUACAUUCAGUGUAUUGUAUAUAAUAUGGCCGUAAGUGCCGAAAAGUGACUGUACAUACAAUGGCUAUAUCAUGUGUUUAUGUAUCAAAAUGAUCAUUAUUCUGUUGAUUAUAUAUGAGGAAUACAAGAAGUCAGGUGGCUAUAUUCUACACAAUCCGUCAUUCAUAAGUGCGAAAAAGCGACUGUAUCCAAAAUGAUCACAAGUAAUAGUGCUCUGUCAAUCAUGAGUGACAGAAAGUGAUUGUACCCAAAAUGGCCAGAGAUGCUUUUGUACACACGAUAAGUGGCUGUAUCAAUAUCACCAUCAUCCCAUCAACCAUAAACAGAGAAUGCCAACAAAUCACUGGAUUCGACACGCCCUCCAUUCACAAGUGCCAACAAGUGACCUUAUCAAAAACGAUCAUUAGUGGUGUUCUGUUCAUUAUGAGUGCCAACUCCAUGCCACUGUCCACACGACAAGCGGCGUCCCAGUGGCUAUUAUAACGUGUCUAGUUAUGGCCAUUAUGUAAGUGCCUACAAGUGCCGGUAAUCCCAGUAAUACACGAUGGCCAUUAUAAGUGACUAUUAUAUCUAGUAAUUACAGCGGGGUUGCUGACUCUAGCGUCCCCGCGGGUCUCUGAAACGCGCCGAGGACCGAGCGGGGCGGCCGGAGGUUGCCAUCACCUGUUCAAUUAGCCUCGGCCCUGGUCUGUGUACGGUCCGCCCAGGUCUCUGAAGACCUCCUUCGGGACCGCUUCGGCGUUUUCCGCCGAAUUUCAACUAUUUCUACAGCCGUUUUCUGCAUAACGUCACCACGUAGUAAUUGCUUCUGGUUGUCAUGAGUUGCUACAAUUAAUACAGGUAAAAAAAAAAUUGGCACU